CCAUACACCCGAGCGGCCGCUAGGGUUCCUAGCCGCCGCCGCCCCUCCACCGUCGCGUGCCAAGCCGUCGGUGCCGCUUCCCCGCCGCGACCUCCUCUUCCUACAUUGCUCGUCGGACCUCCUCCCUUCCCCCCACCUCAAAACAGGAACACAACAAAAAAUUCCAUCCUACCCAUCGUCGAGCGGCUCGUUGCCACCGGGACCGCCUGUGCCACGGGAGUACUACGCUGGAACCGCCACAGCCUCGUGACCGCCGCGACCUCCACUGCCAUCCCACGCCACGCCUCUUCUUCUCUUGCCCCCGGUCUCGGAGGUGGGAUUGUAGUGGGCCUAGUGAAGUAGAGGGGAGAUCUGGGCGUCAGAGCGGAGGAGGAGCAAGGUGGACCAGGCCACACACAAAUCAGGGGUCAUCCUACCCGCGCCAAGCAUACCCAUGCCUGGUUGUUGUUGAUCUAACGCCAUAGUGCACACAAGGUGUUUGAGGCUGCCGGUCCAGCCAUAUGGAAGAUGCUUUGGAGAUCAAGGACGUGGAAGAAAUCGUAGAGGCAAUCCUCAUCCGCCUCCCGUCUGGUGAGCCUGAGAAUUUCGUCCGUGCAUCCCUCGUCUGCAAACUGUGGUGCCACCUCCUCUCCGACAAUGGCUUCCUCGGCCGCUAUCGAGCCUUCCAUAAUGCACCACCUAUGCUCGGACUUCUCCAUAGUUGGUUCUGCAAUGACCCCUUCAUCCCCAUCACCAAAUUUAUCCCCCGUGGUCACCCUAAACACAAUAAUGUGGCCGUCUGCCGCCACGGCCGUGUCCUAUUUUCAGAUUGGGUUAUCUGGUUCCCCAUGACGGGCAACACUAGGGAGCUACCAGCACCGCAGAGAGGCGAAAAUUGGAAUACUGAUGAAUGUGCAGCUGUGCUUUGUGCCGUUGACGGUUGCGACCAUGGGGCUUGCCAAUCGGGCCCAUUUUUUGUGGUCUCCAUCGGCCUUGACGAAGAGAAGGUGGCCACGGCGAUCGUGUAUUCUUCGGAGACGAGUACUUGGAGCGCCCCGACCUUCCUUGACCUAGCUUUAUUGAGAGUGAUAUCAGUCUCUCUUGGAUGCCCGGUGUGCUCUCCGGAGGCGCGCUACAUUUUAUCUUGAUGCACGAUGCUCGUCUUGGUGUACUUAAGUAUGACUUGGGAACGUCUUGCCUAUCAGAGAUUGAGCCGACGUUUGAGAUCCAGAGCGCCCGCUAUGACUCUCAUGCCCUGAUUGCGCCGGAGGACGGCCAACUGGGGAUUGCGAGGCUCAAUGGUUUCAAUCUCUCUGUGUACUGGAGGGAGGUUUGUCACGACCAGGUUGCAACGUGGAAAAAAUCUGAAGUCAUCGAUCUAAAGAAGCAUCUCCUUGCAAGCGAUCCCAUGAUCUCACAUACUGAGUUGGUUGGCUCUGUUGAAAGAACGGCUAUCAUCUUCGCAACCACAAAUAUUGGCACCUACAUGAUUGAUCUCAAGUCACUAAGGCCGAAGAAGCUCACGAGCGAGCUUCGUCUUUUCAACCAUCCAUGGGCUCUGUUCCCCUAUUUUAGCUUCUACAAUCCACUAGUGGGACAAGUUGAGAACGUGGCCGGGUUAGGAGAAAGUGAAAUGGGAAGCAUUGAUGAGGAAUCGGGAGAGAGUGAAUCUAGAAGCAGUGACAGGGAAUCAGGAGAAAGUGAUGCUGGAAGCAGCGAGGGCGAAAUGAGAAAACUGAUGCUGGAAGCACCGAUGAUGAAGCAAAAGAAGCCGAAGCUAGAAACAUCAUCGACGAAGCAUAGACCUUGAGUGAGGGCUUGAAGCAUGGUCAUUUUGUCUACCAUUUUGAUAUUGAUUCUUGUUCAAGGCCCUACCAGUCAGUAACUAAAGUGUACUUAUAAACCUGGCAAAGUUGUAGCGUGAAUCCCAAAUAAGUAGACUUGUCGUGGAGUAGUCGAUUGUUGCAACUAAGCCAUGACUUCAGGUUUUGUGUCAGAGUCGGAACAGAGUGCUUUCAAAA